AUGACGGAAAGUAACACCGCAACCGAAGUAUCAGAAAGUAGUUCAUUGAGCCCUCAAGAAACUAAACCUCAGUUUUUUACUGAAACUGAGGAGGAAAAUGGUUCCGACGUGAUUGAUUCCAACGCGGCCGAGGCGAAAGUCUUUGACUCCAACGUGAUCGAAUCGAAAGGGUUUGAUAGAAACGUGACUGAAUCCAAAGUCUUCGACUCCAAAGAUUCCAACUCGACAGACAUCAACGUGAAGAAUGAAUAUGAGAUUCCAAAUAUUAUUCCGAUCAAAUGUGGACCGUUGACGGCCAGAAUGCACGUCGAGUUCUUUGUGUGCCCAGGAAUUCAUCAACCAUGCAUUGAGUUGGAGGGAGAGCCUGGAUUGAUCACACCAAAGGCUUUUACAAUUAAAGCUAACAAGGAUAAGCAAAAAGACUGGAAGGGAAGCAUCAGAAUUGGCAAAUCAAACUUAAGAACUCUCAUGGAAAUGAGAACUUUCGAUUUUCAUAAUCAUGCUAACUUCUGCUCAGCGAAGUGCCAAAGUAGAAACUAUAUAACACCUAAAGAAAGGGAUGCAACUCCAACUGAUGGACGUCGUGGUAGUCUAACAUCCAGAUUGCCUUUCACUCCUACGCCACCAUUGUUCCCAACUGAUCGUAUGCCACAAUCAUCUUCAUCACUUAAAACGUUAUUCAAAAACCCUCAAUUUACUCAACUCGUUUCACAAGCACUUCGCAAUAACAACAAUUUCGGAUCGAACACGGAGAAUCUUAGCAAUCCAAUUUACCGUGUUCCAAAGGAGGAAAUUGUCGAUGUUGAUGAUUCAAUGGUCAACAGCAAUUCAGUGAUCAAUUCGGCAACUGCAACCAGUUCUCUAUUGGGUAAUAUACCUCAUGAUGUUGAUGCUCUUAACACCCAAAUGAAUACAGAGCCAAGUGUAUUUUGGGCAGAAAUGACCCAAUGCGGUUUAGCUGAUGGCAUAAUUGAUCAAAUGAUUGAAACGAUGAACUCAAUGCGUGAGAAGCUGAAGAAUGGAAAUGUCAAUAAUGUUGCCCCAUUCUUAUCGCGAGCGAUUGCUUCUCUCGGAGUUUGCGACAAAGUUAUUUCGAUGGUUCGCAGAAGGAACUCACUAUCAUUAAAUGCCAAGCAUCGUCUUUCCACUGAUUAUUCAUCAAUGGAAGACAAUAUGUCUAGAAAACGUUCAAUUGAUGACGGGCCAAGUUCACUUUUAGAAGCUCUGACGGUUAAAAGACCAUGUGUUCGGUAUCCGGUUCCAUUCCAAGGACCCUCAGCGAAUAGCGCCUCUGAGAAUUUGGAAGCAAUUGCAACUCUUUUGCAAAUGCAGCAAAUGCAAACCCAGAGUCCCUCUGAGAUGCUAAUGCAGCUCGCCGCAAGCAUUCAACCACAGAAUGUGAACACUCCUCAUUUAAGUGACGCACUUCUAGCCAUCAAGUAG